AACUAGUAAUCUGUGAUUUUAACACACAUGACACAACCACGCAUAUCACCUAAAUUGGUUUUUGUAAAAACACAAUGCGAAAGUUUAGUACAAAUAGCACCGACAAGAAAGCUCUAACCGUGGACAAAACUUUGUUCUUGGCUUAUAAACUUUCUCACCAAGGAUCUUCAAACCUUACAUCCAAUAUUUUACUUAAAAAUGUAUUACAAGACCAUGCUAAAGUGGUUAACGAGAAAACCAUAGAAGAAAUUACAGCUGCAGCUAGUAAACUUAGUCCCAAUUCUGACAACACUAAUACGACAGCAUGGAAAUCUUCAUUAAACAAAUUUACAGAUCCCAUAUCCUACUUGGAAAAAACAUCACCUAAAUGUGAAAAAUGCAUGUCUAUGGAAUAUAAAGUAAGUGAUUUAGCAAAUAACGUGUGCCAAUGUAACAUCAACUUUAAAAGUUCACCAGUAGAAAAGCACAGCAGAAAACCUCUAAGCUCAGAACAUGAAAGUACUAGACUAUUUAAACCAGUAUUCACAAGAAAUAGGUCCAGUAAGAAAAUAGCACUAGAAAACUCAAAUAAAGACUUCUGUCCUUUCAAUCAAAAUGAAAUGGAUGUAGAGGAGUUGGACAGCAAAGCCCAGAAAAGUUUAGUGGCAAAGAUAACAUUUAAAACAGCCAAAGAGCAGCUGCUGGCUUCAAAUCCGGCUGCUAAAAGAACUCUAGGCACCUCCAGAAAAGCUCAAGGAAAAUUUGUGUCACCAAUGCUGGGAGCACAGGACAAGGAGGAAGAAAUUAACACUGCUAACACAGUCUCCGAUGACAGACUGAAGCACCUAGACCCAAAAAUGGUGGAGCUUAUAGAGAGUGAAAUCAUAGACCGAGGAGUUCCUAUUGGUUGGGAAGACAUUGCUGGCUUACAAUUGGCCAAGUCGGUGAUCCAAGAGGCUGUAGUGUGGCCCCUGCUGCGGCCAGAUAUCUUCACAGGCCUUAGGCGACCACCUAAAGGAGUGCUGCUGUUUGGCCCACCCGGAACAGGAAAAACGUUGAUUGGCAGGUGCGUGGCGGCGCAGUGCCGUGCGACCUUCUUCAGUAUAUCGGCGUCGUCGCUCACCUCCAAGUGGAUCGGUGACGGCGAGAAGAUGGUCCGUGCGCUUUUCGCCGUCGCGCGAGCACGCCAGCCCGCUGUGGUAUUCAUAGAUGAGAUCGACUCUUUGCUGUGUGCGCGGAGCGACGGCGAGCACGAAGCUACGCGCCGCAUCAAGACUGAGUUCUUAGUGCAGUUUGACGGCGCAGCCAUCGGCGAGGAUGACCGGCUACUAAUCGUAGGUGCGACGAACCGGCCGCAGGAGCUGGACGAGGCGGCGCGACGGAGGCUCGUCAAGCGCCUCUACAUACCGCUGCCGGACGCGCCGGCUCGAGAGCAAAUUAUCACCAACCUCCUCAAGAAUGAAGCUAACGAGUUAUCAGCAGCCAAUGUCAGAGAGAUAGCCCACCUGACGGAGGGGUUUUCUGGCGCUGACAUGAAGUCCCUGUGUUCGGAGGCGGCCAUGGGACCCAUACGAUCUUUCCCUAUGUCGCAAAUUGUUAACAUCGACAGAGACAAGGUGCGGCCGGUAAAUAUAGAAGAUUUCAAAACAGCUUUACAAAGAGUACGACCUAGUGUGUCGCAGGACGACCUCGGACAAUAUGUGAAGUGGAACUCCACAUAUGGACAGGGAUUAUAGUUGCUCCUACAACUCAGUUUGUUUUUGUAAAUUUUUAUAAUACAAUUUCAUUGGUUUA